UAAUUUUUAAUUUUAAAAUUUAAUCUUUUUUUUUAAAGCUAAAAUCAAAAUAAAAUUACAAAUCACAAACAUGACAUCAGAUAGCUUAAUUGAAAAUUUGAGUGCAGAUUUGCAAGAGUUUGAAUUGUUAAUGCAAACAGCCACUCGCCCAAAUGUCAAAGAUUUUCUUCAUAACAAAUUAUCAGAAAUAAAAGUAAAUAUUGAGAAGCUAGAGAAAGCCAAACUUGCUUCUCAAACACAAACAGAUGAAGUAGCAGUCAAGUCUACACUCUAUACAACUAAAAUUUCACAAUAUGGUUGGGAUGAAUCUUCGAAGUUUGUGAGGCUCUAUGUGACUAUUCCACAAAUAGAAAACUUGAGAGAAGAUCAAAUUUCAUGUGAAUUUACAUCAACUUCUGUAAAGUUUAUUGCACAAAAUCAUUUAAAUAAAAAUCAUCUUUUGCAAAUCGUUGGCUUAGCAUAUUCAAUUGUUCCCAAAGAAUCAACCUGUAAGAUAAAAAGUGGCAAUGUUGUCAUAUCAAUGAAAAAAGAUAAGGAAGGUCGUACCUGGGGUAACGUUACAGCUGUAGAAAGAAAAGAAAAAGAAGCUAAAGAUUCUAAGCUGAAUUCAAAAGAUAUGGAUUCAAGUGACCCUCAGGCUGGCAUCAUGAAUUUGAUGAAGAAAAUGUAUGAUGAGGGGGAUGACGAUAUGAAAAGAAUGAUUAAAAAGACAUGGUAUGAAAGUCAACAAAAACAAAAGGAAGGAGGGGGAUUGUAAAUACCUUUAGGUGUAAAGGUGUAACAAAAAGGAAAAAGGAGAAAAUUAUGUUUUGAAAUUUUACCUGUAAUUUCUUGUAUAUUUCUUUGUAAUAAAUGUAUUAAUCAA